GCCGGAGCAUCUAUCUUCUCAAAUACCCAUCGUGAAUUCAAUGCAUUAAUCUCUUCGAUCCGCCAACAUCCAACGCCACUUAGCCGCGAGUGAACCAGCCUGUCAGCCACUUGUCUGCGAAUAAUUGCAAUCACAAUGGCCUCCGAGCUCGGCGCUGCAACACUCUUCAGAGUGGAUGGCAUUGUCGCUGUCAUCACAGGGGGAGGCACCGGGAUCGGGCUCACCAUGGCCCGCGCCCUCGCCGUCAAUGGCGCGAAGCGCGUCUAUCUCCUAGGUCGGCGCCUCGACGUCCUGAACACGGCGGCUCAAGAGCAUCCCGCCGUCUUCGUGCCCAUCCAAUGCGACGUCACGUCACACGCCUCUCUCCAAUCGGCCGUCGACCGCGUCGCCUCGGAGACGGGCUACAUCAACCUCCUGGUUGCCAACAGCGGCGUCAGCGGCCACUCCCAGGGCAUGGACAGCUCUCUGCCCCUCUCCGAACUCCGGUCGAGGCUCUUCACCCAGGAGGUCAUGGAUGCUACGACCUCGACCCUGCAAGUCAACGUGACGGGCGCCUACUUCACCAUUCUCGCCUUCCUGGAGCUGCUAGACGCUGGCAACAAGCGGGCGCUGGAAGGCGGGUUCGGCGGGCCCGCCGUCGGCCGCAGCAACGUGCCGAACAUCCCGAGCCAGGUGGUGGUGACGAGCAGCAUCGCCGCCUUUUCCCGCAUGGACUUGUCGCCGCCGGCGUACUUGGUGAGCAAGGCGGGCAUUCUGCAGCUGGCCAAGUACGCGAGCUCGAACCUGGCGGCGUACGGGAUCCGCGUCAAUGCGCUGGCGCCAGGACUGUUUCCCUCAGUUCUAGCCAGCAACAUGAUUGGAAGCCGGGACCCAAGCACGGAGGGGGUCAACGACCCUCGCUUCAUCCCGGCUCGCAGGUUUGGAGGCGACGAAGAGAUGGCCGGCCAGUUGUUGUAUCUGGCCAGCCGCGCCGGAGCCUACACCAACGGCUGUGUGUUGUUGGUUGACGGAGGACGCUCUGCUGUCAUGCGGUCGUCAUACUGAGUCGCGGACUGUUAACGGAGGAAUGAAACGAAAAUCAUGAACUAGAACGGGCAAGGGCCUAAGGGGGUUGGCUUGUACAUGAACCUCGCGGAACCAUCAACGUCGUACGGGCACCCGGUGUGUAUCGUCAUGCUGCAGAGAAAGAACCUGUAACGGUACACAUUUAGGCAUUUAGCUGCACGGACACAACAAUGACCGGUGUCUGACUGGUCUUAUCCAUCCGAA